GAGGCCUUGUUUUGCUAUAUUAGGGAAAUGCGGACUUUCCUUUCUUGAACUACGAUUUUUCCCCAACACGCACUUUCUCUCUCUCUGUCUCUCUUUAUCUAGUUUCUCUCUCCAAAGUCUUCUUUAAUUGGUGACUUUUGGUGGUAGCUCUGAUCAACAGGUAUCGAGAAUGGCGAGAGAGAAGAUCAAGAUCAAGAAAAUCGACAACAUUACGGCGAGGCAAGUGACUUUCUCUAAGAGAAGACGAGGGCUCUUCAAGAAAGCUGAAGAACUCGCAGUUCUUUGCGAUGCUGAUGUUGCUCUCAUCAUCUUCUCCGCCACCGGAAAGCUCUUCGAUUAUGCUAGCUCAAGCAUGAAAGAUAUACUUAGAAAGUACAAUGUGCAUGCUAAUAACAGUGAAAAGAUGGACCAACCUUCCCUCGAACUGCAGCUAGAGAAUACUAAUAAUCAUGCCAGAUUGAGCAAGGAAGUUUCAGAGAAGACCAAUCAACUCAGGCAGAUGAGGGGAGAUGACCUUCAAGGGCUAAAUAUAGAAGAAUUGCAGCAGUUAGAAAGAAUGCUUGAAUCUGGACUCAGCCGUGUGCUUAAGACUAAGGGAGAACGAAUCAUGAAUGAAAUUGCCACCCUUCAAAGCAAGGGUGCUCAGUUGAUUGAAGAGAACAAGCAACUGAAACAGAAGAUGACAAUGAUUUCUAAAGGAAAGUGGGGAGUGGGAGUGGCUAAUGUUGGGGCGGAGUCGGAUAAUCUGGUACCGGAAGAAGGGCAGUCGCCGGAGUCCAUCACCAACGGCUGCAGCUGCAACAGUGCUCCACCGCCAGAGGAUGAUUGCUCCGACACAUCUUUGAAGCUAGGGCUCCCUAUUAACUAGCUCAAACUGUAAGGAAGGAGAUGGAAGAGAUUCCAUUAGGAAUAAACGCCUUUGCUACCUGCAGUUGAGAGAUAACACUUUGACAACAAAAGAUGACAAUGCCAAUGUUUUGUGUGUGUUUGUGUUUUGUGUUUGGUUUUUAUAUUCGUAGCAGAAUUGUUACGUUAAAAUAUGAGUACAAACACUGGUAGAUGUAUGUAUUUAAAGAAACGGGUCGUAUUUACAUUCAUUCCAUACCUGGAAUGCCACAGCAGCUUGUUGAAACAUCUUUUGUAAGUUUGCAUUUUGUUUGAGAAAAAACAUGUGAAAUGGUGAAAGAAAUGUGAAAUUUCUAUGUAUGU